CUCGUAUUCCAAUUGGCAAACGAGCGCUGAGCAGUGCGGACUGUUUCGAAAUGGUGGUGGAGAAAGUUAUAUUGGCCUAUUCGGGUGGCCUGGAUACGAGCUGCAUACUCAAAUGGCUGCUGGAGCAGCGCUAUGAGGUCAUCUGUGUGCUGGCCGAUGUUGGCCAGCAGGAGAACUUUGAGGCAGCCCGCCAGAAGGCGCUCAAAAUCGGAGCCAAGGAGGUAAUCGUGGCUGAUAUCAAGCAGCAAUUCGCCGAGCAGUACAUAUGGCCGGCCAUCCAAAUGGGCCUUAUCUACGAAGAGCGUUAUCUGCUGGGCACCUCGUUGGCGCGACCUUGCAUUAGCGUCGCCUUGAUAGAGGCCGCCAGGCGGCAUGGCGCCAAGUACUUGGCUCACGGGGCCACCGGCAAGGGUAACGAUCAGGUGCGCUUCGAGCUAUGCGCAUAUGCAUUGCAGCCUGACUUGAAGAUCAUUGCACCGUGGCGGGAUGUGGAGUUCUGUCGCCGGUUUCAGGGCAGGCAGGAUCUGAUUGCCUAUGCGCAACUUCAUGGGAUCGAGGUGACAGCAAAGCCGGCGACACCCUGGAGCACGGAUGCGAACAUGCUGCACAUUAGCUACGAGUCGGGCGUGCUCGAGGAUCCGAACACGGUGGCACCCAGCAGCCUGUACGAGCUGACUCUCGAUCCCUUCACACAGGCACCAAAGACGCCUCAUCGUGUCUGCGUCCACUUUGAGCAUGGACUACCCACAAGAGUCGCGGAUCUGGCCACUAGUCGAGUGUACAGCACGCCUCUGGAGAUGCUCAAGUAUCUGAAUGAGCUGGGCGGCAGCUAUGGCAUUGGACGCAUUGACAUUGUGGAGAAUCGCUAUGUGGGGCUUAAGUCCCGGGGCGUCUAUGAGACCCCGGCCGGCACCAUACUCUACGCAGCGCACCAGGACUUGGAGGUGUUCGCCCUGGAUCGCGAAGUGCUGCGCACCAAGCAACUGUUGCGCGAUCGCAUGUCCGACUAUGUGUACAAUGGCUAUUGGUUCAGUCCUGAGGCGCUCUACGUGCGACGCUGCAUUCAGCUGGCCCAGCAACAGGUCACUGGAGAGGUGACCAUGGAGCUAGCGCCAGGCUACUGUCGCGCCAUUGCCCGCAAGGCGGCCGAUGCAGUUGCUGCACUCUACAACCAGCAGCUCGUCUCAAUGGAUGUCCAUGGCGGCUAUGUGCCGCAGGAUGCGGGCGGCUUCAUUGCGAUCAAUGCGGUGCGCGUACGAGAGCAUGUACGUGCCUUCGGUCCCUACCAGAGUGACCAGAACUAGCUGAUCAGCCACAAAUAUGAAA